ACUGACUGGAGACAUCUCACCCCAGCCCAGCUGCAGGCCCCCCGGGAUGCUCCGGGCAUGGCCUCUGGAGCCCCACAGAAGAGCAGCCAGAUGGCCUGUGGCACCGAGGAGACCCCAGGCUUCCUGGAUGCGCUCCUCCAUGACUUCCCAGCCCCUCUGAGCCCACAGAGCCCUUUGCCCUGGAAGGCCCCAGGGACAGUGCUCAGCCAGGAGGAGGUGGAAGGCGAGCUGGCCGAGCUGGUGAUGGGCUUCCUUGGCAGCAGGAAUGCUCUGCCAUCACUUGCUGCGUCUCUUGCCCAUGAGGCUGUUUCCCAGUUGCUACAGGCAGACCUUUCUGAAUUCAGGAAGUUGCCCGAGCAGGAGGAGGACGAAGACGAAGAGAAGGCCCCUGUGACCUUGUUGGAUGCCCAAGGCCUGGCACGGAGCUGCUUUAACCAGCUCUGGGAAGUGUGCAGCCAGUGGCAGAAGCAGGUGCCAGUGACUGCUCGGGUCCCACAGCGGCAGUGGCUGGUUUCUAUCCACGCCAUCCGGAACACUCGCCGCAAGAUGGAGGACCGGCACGUAUCCCUUCCUGCUUUCAACCAGCUCUUCGGCUUGUCUGACCCUGUGGAUCGUGCCUACUUUGCUGUGUUUGACGGUCAUGGAGGGGUGGAUGCCGCAAGGUAUGCUGCUGUCCACAUGCACGCCAACACUGCCCGCCAGCCGGAGCUGCCCACGGACCCCGCCGGAGCCCUCAAAGAAGCCUUCCGUCGCACCGAUGAGAUGUUUCUCCAGAAAGCCAAGCGAGAGCGGCUGCAGAGCGGCACCACUGGUGUGUGUGUGCUCAUCACAGGAACAACCCUGCAUGUCGCCUGGCUUGGAGACUCUCAGGUCAUCUUGGUGCAGCAGGGACAGGUAGUGAAGCUGAUGGAGCCACACAAACCUGAGCGACAGGACGAGAGGGCACGCAUCGAAGCACUGGGUGGCUUUGUGUCUCACAUGGACUGCUGGAGAGUCAACGGGACCCUGGCCGUCUCCAGAGCCAUCGGGGACAUCUUCCAGAAGCCCUACGUGUCUGGGGAGGCAGACACAGCCUCCUGGGAGCUGGCGGGCUCUGAGGACUACCUGCUGCUGGCCUGUGAUGGCUUCUUUGAUGUCAUCCCCCACCAAGAGGUCAUUGGACUCGUCCAGAGCCACCUAGUUAGGCAUCCACAUCCGGGCAGUGGACUUCAUGUCGCUGAGGAGUUGGUAGCUGCGGCCCGGGAACGGGGCUCCCAUGACAAUAUCACAGUCAUGGUGGUCUUCCUCAGGGACCCCCAAGAGCUGCUAGAGGUCAGGGUUCAGGGGGCAAGGGACUCUCAGGCAGACAUGAGAAGCCAGGACUUGCCCUCUGGCCUCUCAGAGCCUGAGACCAAUACUGCACAGAGAAGCUAGGUGGUCCAGGCCUCCCCCCACCCCCUUCUUUCUGCCCUUGUGAUUCUCCCCCUCGAAGGCCUUAGGACCCAACAGGCAGCCAUGGGCAGGGGUGCCACCCACACAGCGCUUCCCCCCAGCACCCCUGAGCCACUAGUGGUGUGCCCUAAAGACUGAAGAGCUGCAUGAGGCAGCAAGCGGAUCUCAGAAGAAGUCUGGAGAAAAGAGCUCACCAAAGAGAUGUCCCAGGAAGUGGACCGGCUCCUGCUUCCAGCUCCCACUGGGGCAGGGGUGGGACCAGAGGCCACAGCUCCUGGUGGCAGCCAGACCAAAGACACCAGGUGUGUGCAUGUAGCAGCGUGUGGGACCCUCAGGCAGACCCAGGAGUCACAUAUGUCUUCAGGCACGUCCUGGGGUCACGCCCAGCAGGCAGGUGUCUUGCCCAGGUUUCUCAUCACUCCUCACUGUGGCCAUGGCCAUGGCCAUGGAGGGUUCAUACUGAUAGAUGAGCCCAGCAGAUCCUGGUUGGCCAUGCCAGCUUGCCAAAGAGGAGAGAGCAACCCAGUUGGAAAGAGAGGGAGCACCAGGGGUCUGGUCUGCAGUGGCAGCCUGUGACAUGGUUGGGCCCACCAGAGCCUUCCAAGCCCUCUCUCUUCCCUCAGACACCCUGGGGAGGUGAAGCUCCAAACCUAUGACACACAUGUGUCUUUUGUGCAUAUGUUUGGGGUUUUUUUUCCAGGGGAAAGUCUAAUUCAGAAGCAGUAUUUCAAGUUUUAUCUUUAAGAGUGCCAAGAUGACCUGUUGUGUCAUGUAAUUUAAGCAGAGCUUAGC